AUGGUCCCAAAGCCUUUCAUCGAGAAUGACUGCACACCGAUCCGAAACACCCAACCACUACCACACCGACUCAUCGGUUCAGACCUUCCCGCCAUUUCCGGCGACAUAGCGAAGCAAACGGCCGAGGCAAUUGAUGGAAUGGGGAUGUUGAUCUUUGCACAGAACGUGGAUCGGUCGUUAUCGGUCUUGUUUAUUUUUUCACACAACGUGGAUCGGUUUUUGGAGGCAGUGAUCUUGUCCCCCAUGCUGGAGCUUGCCAAUCGAGUCUCCACCAGGACCUUGCAUUGA